AUGACUGCAUCCUCUACAGCCACCAUUGGCUCGUAUGAGCUGACGUCUCGCGCAAUCAAUGAGCCCCCUGUCGCCGCUGUUCGGGAGUCUAGAGGCUCAGAAUUCUUUGAUGAAUCCCGGAGGCUUGGUUCUCACCCUAAUGGAGAUUUCUCAGAUGGUAGCGGUAAUGGCUUGGAGAGUAUGACGGCACAGACAGCUCCAGUGGAGAUUGCUGAGAGCUGGAAGUAUCCCCGUGAGAAUAUGUUCAAGACUGGUGCCACGUUUUGGAGUCUUUUGACGUCGGGUGCUAAUGAUGCUGCCUAUGGUGCUUUGAUCCCAUAUCUGGAGGAGUACUAUAACCUGAGCUACAUCGUAGUAUCUCUCGUUUUCCUAUCUCCUUUUGUCGGAUACAUCUUCGCAGCUGUCCUCAAUAAUACACUGCACAGACGAAUUGGUCAGCGAGGAAUUGGCAUUACCUGCGGUCUAUGUCAUAUUAUUGCAUACAUCAUCAUCGCCAUCCACCCUCCAUACCCUGUCCUAGUUCUUGCAUAUGCACUUGCUGGGUUUGGCAACGGGAUUGGCGAUGCAGCUUGGAAUGCCUGGGUAGGUAACCUAGACAAAGCCAACGAGACGCUCGGCUUCCUGCAUGCUUUCUAUGGCGUUGGUGGUGUCAUUAGUCCUUUGAUUGCUACGAAUAUGAUAGCCAAGGCUGGCCUGCCCUGGUAUACCUUUUACUAUGUUAUGCUCGGCCUGGCCGCUAUUGAGCUCGUCACUUGUUCCUGGGCUUUCUGGGCAAAUGGCCCAGAGGUCUACCGCCAGACCAUGGACGCAAGUAACGAAGACAGCCAGGGCAUGAAAGAAGCUCUCUUCAAACUUCCCUUCGCUCGUGUGACCUGGCUUUGCGCCGCAUUCCUUCUGUGUUACGUCGGCGUCGAGGUUUCCGUCGGUGGCUGGAUCGUCCAAUUUAUGAUCCGCGUACGAAAGGCUGAGAAUUACCCAGCAGGUAUGACUUCCAUGGGCUUUUGGCUAGGUCUCGCAGUUGGUCGAGCCAUCUUGGGCUUCGUCACGCCGCGACUUGGUGUCAAGGUUGCGGUGUCUUUGUAUCUGCCCGCAGCUAUGGCUAUGCAGUUGAUAUUCUGGCUGGUACCAAGCUUCUACGUUUCUGCCAUCACGGUAGCUUUCCAGGGUUUCUUCUUGGGACCCUUGUUCCCCGCUGUUGUGGUUGCUACUACCAAGAUGCUCCCGAAGCACUUGCAUGUUAGUACUAUUGGAUUUACCGCCGCUUUUGGAGGUAGUGGAGCGGCGAUCCUGCCUUUUGCUGUCGGUGCUAUUGCUCAAGCCAAGGGUGUCAAGACUCUUCAACCUAUCAUCCUUGCGUUCUUGAGUGCGCUGUUGGGCUUAUGGUUGUGCUUACCCAGGAUUAGUAAGAAGAAGGAUUGA